UUAGUUACCAGUAGACAUAUGAGCUUAUUUCUCUAAAAUUCCUUCUGCAGAAUUGGCAAAGAUCAGACAAAAAGGGGAAAAUGUCUACAGAUGAGCUGCUUCGAAAAUCUGUCACCUUGUCACCAGACCCAGCAACUUACUGGCCGAAGCCGUCUUCUGAAAGGACACAGGACAUUUCACAUUUACUAACGAGUCUCUUCAAAGACCUGUACACUGGUGAAGUAAUUGGAAAAGAUACAGGAGCCAACUUGAUACGAAGUGGAGGAGGAGACAAUCCUUACCACCAGAAGUUUGUAGAGGACCUGCAACAGAUUCGAGCUGAAUACGAGCACCGAAUGGCAGAGGCUGACAUGGUGGAAAAACACAUCAUCGAGGCUCGAGCUCGAGCUGCCGCGGAAGAAGAAAGGAUUCUUAGAGCAGUAAAGAAUGAUGCUGGGGAGAGAUUCCAAACUCUAGGUUUACCCCCUGUGGACUCAUAUUUUAGAUGGUGCGUAGACAGCAAUAUUCUAAGGAAGCAUAAGUUAAUCUGUCCUGACGAUUACAUAACAGAUAUACGCCCCCUCACCAAGGCACCUAAAGGUCAACCUGAGCCUUCACAUUGCAGAGAGACAUUCAGCUUCAAUCAGCGCAUUUCCAGAAGUCCUGUAGAUGAUGGUUACACAGAGUUCCCAAUGUCAGAGAGUAAAGAGUUUACAUUAGAUGAUUCUCUAUCUGACUUAACAUUAUCGUCAACAUCAGAUGUUCUAGAGCGAAGUAAGAAGAGACCAAGUAAGAAAUCUACGCCAGCUAAACAGGUCUCGUGGAAGGAGGGAAUGAGCGCCGAAGAAAGGGAACAACAACGAUCCCAGUUGGCUCAGUUAGAAAAAAGGCACAAUUUCCUGAGAAACCCUCGAUUUCUCCCACCGCACAGUAUGCACGGAGGACGAUCUCUUAUUGUUUCCACCAAGAAAACCGAAAGAACAAUAUCGGGAAGGAAAAUAGUGGUUGAAGCAAAUGACCCACAGGAACCAGUGCCAAUAUUUCUCGCCAACCCACCAGUGGUCUUCUUUCCCGAUUAUGAAGUUGGACAGAUUUAUGAGAUGACUAUUGAGCUUCGAAACAUGACUGCGUCCAGUCGCCAUGUGAGAGUGAUCCCUCCAUCCACCCCUUACUUCUCUAUCGGCCUGGGGAAGUUUCCAGGAGAGGGUGGGAUAGUUGCACCAGGCAUGAGCUGCCAUUACACCAUUCGCUUUGUUCCGGAUUCCCUGGCAGAUUUCGAGGAUUAUAUACUGGUCGAGACCCAAGCACCAUAUCCUGUUUUGGUUCCCAUAGAAGCAAGACGAGCACCUCCUGCACUAACCUUACCCCACACUUUAGACUGUGGCCCCUGCUUGGUGGGAGGAGUUAAGGUCAUGGAGUGGAUCUGCCGCAACGAUGGGAUGAGCCGUGGACGGUUCUGCAUCAUGCCAAAAAGUGCGUGGCCUCCGGCGAGUUUCAGGAGCGUGGCUACAGGAGGAUUUGUGGAAAAAGGCCCAUUUGGUAUUCAUCCAUCGUUUUUCGAAUUAUAUCCUGGUCAAGAGAUCAUCAUUGAGGUUGUGUUUUUUCCAUCAUCUCCUGAAACGUACAACCAGGUUUUUACCAUUGCUUGUGAUAACUGCCAGGUCAAAGAUGUCAUACUGGCAGGGUGUGGAGAGCUGGCAGGGCUGGAAGUAGUGUCGAUAGGUGGAGAGAGCACAGCCGAGGCCGGGGAAAUAACAGAUGUUUCAGCAAAGCACAUGGUACAGUUUCCACCCACAAAUCUGUGUUCCUGUGAGAAGAAAAGUCUGGUUAUCUGGAAUUCCACGCACGUCCCUCUUCCAUUUUACUGGCAGAUAAUAAAACCCAGUUUGCAAACUUUAUUACCCGGAGCAGCUGUUGAUAUGGCCGAGGUCUCAUGCAGUGAAGAGACAACGACAGCAUUUAGCAUUAGCCCAACGGAGGGAGUCAUAGGACCUCACCAAGCGCAUACGUUCUCUGUGACAUACAAACCCACCAAGCUGAUUGAGUAUCACAGUAUUGCUCAGAUGGUUCUCCAGGACGUUCCAGAUCCAUCAAGUGUGGUAAAUCAGCCAGUAAGUCUUUCAACUCUAGAAGCCAGUCUGAAAGAUGCCAUCGUUUUAGAUAUGGACUUUAAAGGCAGCACAGAGGCAUUUAAUAUAUUACUGCUACCCUAUACGAUUAUCUUUCCCGGUGAAGGGUUCAUUGGAACAACCAUGAGAAAGGAAUUUCAGAUGUGGAAUCAUAGCCGCUCUGAUAUUUACUUCAAGUGGGAAAAUGUCACUUCCUGUCACAUCAUUCAGAUUGAACCAAAUAUGGGAAGAAUUGAGCCAAAUGCAUUCUGUCAGUUUGAGUUGAGUUGUACUGGAGGGCAGAUUGGAUUCACCAGCCAGAAAGUCAAGUGUCACAUCAAACAUUCCUCAGAGCCGGUCAUCCUUGGUGUCGAGGCCACUUUUAAGGGUCCUGUUGUCACUAUAGAUGUUCCAUCACUGGAUUUAGGUCUUAUAAAGUUGGGCAAUAAGGCAGUCAGCAUCAUUACUAUAGUGAACAACAGCUCGCUGGUAGCAAAAUGGGGAAUGCAGGAGAGCAGAGCGUGUAUUUCUGAAAGAGGAGAGGAGGAAUCACCGUUUUCUAUCACUCCGGGGAAGGGGGAAUUGCCCCCUCUUGGAACAGCCAAACUGAAAGUCCUGUUCCAGCCACUGGCGUGUCAGAGAUUAGAGACCACCCUGCAGCUGGAGGUGGAAAAUGGGGAAGCCAGUUAUCUGCCUGUUUCAGCCAGCGUUCAGCUUCCUCAGGCCUGCCUCCUCUCUAGUUUGUUGCAAUUCACGGACAUGUAUGUGGGUGUACCAGCACAGGGCGCUGUAAAGAUUUUUAACCAGGGACAUCUGCCAGCAAAGUUCACCUGGGGAGAGCUAACUGGGAGCCAUGCCAUCCACUGUUCCUCCUCAAUCUCACCAGCAAGUGGCACAUUAGGACCAAAUGAAGAAAUGGAGCUGCGUGUGGAUCUGACUGUAAAUUCCCUGGAUGAAUUGAGCAAUCUGGCUUUUCAAUGCACUAUUGAAGACAUGGUGGAUCCUCUUGUUUUGACAAUGAAAGCCAAGGCUCAGGGACUACACGUAUCCUAUUCGUUGUUUGAUGAAGAUGAGACUUUGCCUGGGAGAUCGUCUGAGGAGCUGCUGUUGGAUUUCGGGUCGGAGGUUGUUCUGCAGAACAAAGUACAACGAAAGCUGGUCCUGACCAAUCACACGGGGAUAUCAGCACCAUUCUCAUUGGAAGCUGCAUUUUUCAACGGCUGCCCAGUCGUAAAAGAACAUAGCUUAUCUCUCACGACUCUCAUACAGCGGACAGCUCGAUUUACAGAACUGGCAGCUAACCGGGCCCAGAAAGAGUUUAUGGCGUCAAUAUUAUCUGAUGGGAAAGGAGCAGCGUUCAUCCCUCAGCCCAUUUCUGGUACGUUGGGAGCGUUUCAGCAGGUGACCAUUGAAGUGACCGCAUAUAAUAACCUGUGGGGAGAGUACACGGAUCACUUGAUCUGCAAGGUUAGUGACCUAACACCAAAGGAAAUACCAAUGAAGAUGAUUGUGAAAGGAUGUCCUAUUUAUUUCCAAAUGACAGGUCCAAGGGCAGACAGACAGACAGAAGGCCCCAUCAUAAGAUUUGGAACCCACAUGUCUGGUGGAGACACUAUCUCCCGAUGCUUGCGGAUCAAUAACCCGAGUCCAUGUGAUAUUCGGAUAGAUUGGGAAACUUACAACAGAGAACAAGAUACUUCUCAGCUCGUAGACCUCGUGGUUCUCUUUGGGGAUCCUUUUCCAUUGAAGGAUAUAGAUGGGAAUGAAAUAGUCGGCCGCAGAUCUGAGUUUUCAGAAAGCCGGGAUUCUUCCAUAAACUGGGAUCAAAUUCCAAAUACAUCAGGAACCAUGUCUCAGGCUUCCAGUGAAAAUGGCAAUUUUCAUGAAGCUCGGGAGCAGGCUGAUACAGACGUUGAAGGAAGCAAUCAAUAUGAUGAAGAAUUAACUCCUGACAAAUUAAUUUCUAUCAUUGUACGACCUCAUGAGGGCAAAGCAUCCGAUUACCCAUACUGCAUCACUCCAAGACAGACGAUUGUUCCUGCAGGGGGCAGCAGUGUCAUCCAUGUUUCGUUCACCCCUUUAAUGCUGUCUGCAGUCAAUAAGAUUGAAUGUAGUGGAUUUGCCCUUGGCUUUCUGAGUUUGGAUGAGAAGUUUGCACAGAUGGUACCAGGGAAGGUAAAGCGCCCACACGGUUAUGAUGUGGAGCCAAUAAAGAUGAAUCUCCAUGCGUUUGUGAAGCCAGCUUUGCUGACUGUAGAAUUAGAAGGUGAUGAUGAUGAGGAUGGCCUGAUGUUUUAUUCAGCAGCAAGUGACCUCAUACCAGAAAAGAUGACAUCAGGGGUUUUAACUGAAUUUUUGUCACUCCAAAACCUGAAGCUGGUAAACUGCACAGAAACUCCCCUAUAUUUCCAUCUGCGUCUGUCUAAACCAUUUGGCAUUUCUGCAAUCGAUAUUAAUAAGAGCAUGAAAACAUCUCAGAGCGACCGUGAAGAGCUUGGAGGUCAGAUGGUUCUGCAGCCACAACAAUACACGCUAGUUAAAGUUUCGUUCUGCACUACGCUGGAGCUAUUGAUGUAUCAGAAAUUACCUGUUGACCAGAUGCCACCAGGAGUCCAGAUGCUGCAAUCAGACAAUGGAGAAAGAAAACUUCAUUUUAACCAACAGCUGGUCAUUGAGUACAGUAACAGCAGUGUCCAGACUGUCCCUGUGAACGCAUUCCUUACGUUGCCGGUUUUACAGCUGUCCAGCCACACUGUGGAUUUUGGAACAUGCUUUAUAGGACAAACAAGGUCACAAGAAGUCGAUCUCUUAAAUAAAAGUGGAUCAAAAAGCUACUGGACUGCCUUAAUGGAUAAACGGGAGCGAUAUCACGAGCAGGAAAUCUUUUCUAUCUCCCCAAGCUGUGGGAUGCUGGAUGCCCACGUGAGCCACACAUCGGCCAGUAAACAGGUGUUAGUGAUCACCUUCACUGCAAGGGCAAACAUAGAAUAUGAAACUACGGUGACAAUUCACGGCAAGUUAGGAGAGCAACCACGAAAACUUUCCAUUAAAGGGCACGGAUCGCGUGAUGAGAAAUACGAAGUUUUAUAUAACUCCUAACAAUUGGCUUCUCACUUCUUCAGUAUUUAUCAAAAAUCACAAGAGAAAAGUUUUAAAUAAAUUGUAUUUUAGGUGUUGUACAUUUUACUUUGUUUUGUUGUUUUUUAGAUUUCUCAAAUUAGUAAACAUAUUAAAUGUUUACCCUGGAGACUUUUCUUGAGUGCAUAAUGUAACUAUGCAAAAUCCAACAGAAAAAAAAAACUGAUCAUUGUUUCUUUUGCUCGGAUUCUUGCUUGCUUACAUUAAAGGGAUACUACAUCAGGCGGAUG